AUGGUUGGAGUGGGUGGACGUUCCAAGGCUUGCGAUAAUUGCAAAAGGCGACGCGUAAAAUGCGACCUUUCGAAGCCGCAAUGCGCAAGAUGCAUCAAGGCGCGAUUACAGUGUGGUGGCCCCCGUGGCAUUGCAAUCAUCCAAUAUGGUCGGGGCAUAACUACUCAAUCUGAUGAUUCUGAUCCUGCGCGUUCCUCUGCGCUCGAGACCAUCGCCACCGCGCCGGCGAACAUACAGCAGCCUGUUCCUAAAAUACACCCAGGACUUUCGCUCUCCCAGGAUGAAACUUUCACUUCAUUCACCCUUUUACACUUUCUGCCGACUUCGGGUGUCCUGGGCGUUGCCCCUGGGACCAUAACAACAAAAUCAUUCCUUGCGCUUGCUACCACGUAUUUUGGUAUCAAACGCCAGGAUAAUGCCAUUACCCAGUUUGGGCUCAAGCGGUACAGUGAUGCACUUGGUGCCGUACAUUCGGCUCUGGAAGAGUCUAUAUCUUCGCCUACCUUUGAUUUGCUUGAAGCGAUCAUGGUCAUGUCACUUAUCGAGUUCCUUGUCUCAGACCGCGAAAACGGUUGGAUAAAUCAUGCUCGAGGACUGGAAAGGCUGUUCGAAAUGCGGGGAUCAGAAGCCAUGGCAUCACUUCCGUGCCUUAUGAUCUUGGAAAGGACGCGCCCUUCACUUAUCUUUGCUGGACUUGUCUUGCGCAAGCCGACGAUAAUGUCGAAUAUUGAGUGGAAACGUGAUCCAUGGUGCUUGCACCCAGAACGCGUUGACUCGCUCAAGCUUAUGUUUGACAUUCUCGCAGACUGCCCUUCACUUUUCGUUCUGCGCGAUAAGUUAUCGUCGUAUCCUGAUGAAGAGACAAGGAUGACUGCAGUUCAAAGUCUCUCUGAAGAAUUUCGGCGAGUGGUCGCCAGUCUGGAUAGUUGGGGGGAGCGAUUCGCAUCUGAUCCGUCUCAUACUCCUGACGAGAUUCCUGCGGUCCGAACAACACCAAUAAUAGAGGAUGAGUACGGAACCUUGCGUUCUGCCUGGUCUACUGUUUUUCGAUACCAAUCCCUCUAUCACGCCAACGCUAUGGCUAUGUACAAUGCUACUACCAUAUUGGCUUUUCGAUUUGCCGAUAGCAUUCAUGUUAGUUCAGGGUCGCCUUUCGAACACCACAUCCGAAGAAAGCGUAUUUCAGCAGCAGCGCUUUCCAUAUGCCGUAGCAUUGACUACCAUCAACAAGAGAUGUGGGGUGAGCAGGGCAGUUUCGCUUUGCUUUUCCCUCUGCGUAUGGCGUACGACGGACUCAGCGAGGAGGAACCUAUAGUAGGCGCAUGGUUACAAUCUGUCAUGCACGACAUAUCGGCUGGGAAACAGGGGCUGUGGAGAUCGGCAAAAAGUCUUCUUGAAAUCGGGAGAUGA